AUGGAAGCCUCGGACGAUACCACUGAGCAAGUCGACCGCCCUUACGACGAUGACGCCGACGAAGCCACCCGCAUUGCCUCCCUGGCCGCCGGUAUUCGCGAUCAAGACGAUCUCGAACGAGACAUCGGCCGACAAGCCGACGCCCUCCUCAUCGAACAAGCAGACGAACGCGACAACAAACGUCUCGAACGUACAAAAGCCGAUAAAGCCCGUCUUGACGGCCAGGUCCACCGCUUAGAGAAGAAGUUGGCAGAAUUUGGCAAUCAGACAACCAAGAAUAGGUAUCGUGCUGAGAUUGCGAAUUACAAGACGCAGAUUGAAGGUCUUGAGACGGAUUUGGAACAGAUUCAGAAGAGAAUUGAUGACAGGAAAAAUGAGGCUGCCGCGGCGGGAGAUACGUUACUGGGAGAGGCAGGUAACCAGAAGUUGCCUGGCGAAAGUCAGAGGGAUUUCUUGAUCAGGACAGGAAAGAUCACGCCGUUUUCCAAGAUGGGCAGGCAAUUAUUGCGCACUUCGUCAAGUCUGGCUGAAGUCAUGUUUGAUGCUGAAGAGGAAGAAGACGAGGACGUGGUGGAUCAGGAAGUUCAAGCCGAUGCUCAACGAUCACAUCGUGAUCUGAGGAUGCCCGGGUUCGCCGAGGACGAGAAGAGUGAGCCCGAAGAGGAAGAUGAGUUCCCUGAGGAGAGGCCAGCCAAGAGACGAAGACUACAGUCAAAAGGCAAAGGCAAGGGAACUGCAGACGAGGAUGAAGACGUCGAGUUGGAAUCUGCUCCGGAAGAGGAAGAAGACGAAUAUAUACCUGACAUGAACGACAAGGAGCUCGCUGCUGUUGGGGAGUCUGAUGAUGAGGAAGAGCCAGAAGACGAAGAUGUCGAUGGUGACUUCUCUCUAGGCACAAGUGGAAUCGGCAAGCGCAAGAAAGGUUCAAAAAAGGUCACCAAGAAAGCACAACAAGCAGCCGAUGCCCAUGAAGACCUCGCCGGAAUCGACGACGGUAACGAGAAAGUGUAUCAAGCCAGAUUGCAGAGCUGGAUCAGACGACGAAGUGCUGCUCGUCGGAAACAUCUAGGUACAACCAAGUCUAAGGGUGAAGCCACGAAUGGCGAUACGGAGCAAGAUCAAGAUGAAGACCACCAGCAAGACCAGGAAGGUGAAGAAGAAUGGCACUUGCCACACCCGACGCAAACAGAUGCAGAGUUCGAGGGUGGCUACCGGAUACCUGGCGAUAUAUACCCAGCACUCUUUGACUAUCAGAAGACCGGUGUUCAAUGGCUCUGGGAGCUCUAUUCACAACAAGUUGGCGGUAUCAUCGGAGAUGAGAUGGGUCUUGGAAAAACUGUCCAGAUCAUUUCCUUCAUCGCUGGUCUGCACUAUUCUGAGAAAGUCACGAAACCCAUCCUCAUCGUAUGUCCUGCAACAGUCAUGAAGCAGUGGGUGAAUGAGUUUCAUCGUUGGUGGCCACCGCUACGAGUGUCCAUUCUUCAUACUUCUGGUAGUGGCAUGCUGGAUGUCAAGCGAGAAGACAAGCUGGAAGAUGAUUUGGACAACUUCGAUUAUGACGGCAACCCAAUCAGGCCUUCAAAGGGUAACAAAUCUGCCAAGCGCAUUGUGGAUAAGGUACAGAGAGAUGGUCAUGUUCUGGUGACUACAUACUCUGGUUUGCAGACCUACGCUGAGCAUCUCAUUCCUAUGGAGUGGGAGUACUGCGUCCUGGACGAAGGCCACAAGAUCAGAAAUCCCAACACGGCAAUCACGAUUUACAGCAAGGAGAUUCGCACACACAACCGAAUCAUCCUCUCUGGUACACCCAUGCAGAACAACUUGACUGAACUCUGGUCUCUCUUCGACUUUGUGUUCCCUAUGAGACUCGGCACUCUGGUCAGCUUCAAGCAACAAUUUGAGACUCCGAUCAAGCAGGGUGGUUAUGCCAAUGCUUCCAAUCUGCAAGUCGAGACUGCCAUGAAGUGCGCAGAAACUCUGAAGGACACAAUCAGUCCAUACCUUCUGCAACGUUUCAAGGUCGAUGUGGCAUCUGAUCUACCCAAGAAGAGCGAGCGAGUCUUGUUCUGCAAGUUGACCAAACCUCAACGUGACGCGUACGAGUACUUCUUGAAUUCUGGUGACAUGACGGCUAUCUUGGCUGGCAAGAGGCAAGCACUUUUCGGCAUUGAUAUUCUGCGCAAGAUUUGCAAUCAUCCCGAUUUGACUGAGCACAAGACCUUGUCCGUCAAAUCAGACUAUAACUAUGGUAAUGCCAACAAGUCUGGAAAGAUGCAAGUCGUGAAAGCUCUGCUUGAGAUCUGGAAGAAGAAUGGACACAAGACAUUGCUGUUUGCUCAGCAUCGUAUUAUGCUCGAUAUUCUUGAAAGAUUCGUCAGCGAGAUGGGCGGCAUCAACUACCUUCGCAUGGAUGGCAACACAUCUAUCAAAGACAGACAGACACUGGUUGACAAGUUCAACAAGAAUCCUGACUUGCAUGUCUUCCUCCUCACCACUAAAGUAGGAGGUCUAGGCGUAAACCUGACUGGUGCAAAUCGAGUCAUCAUCUACGAUCCUGAUUGGAACCCGUCAACCGAUGUUCAAGCUCGAGAACGAGCUUGGCGACUAGGUCAAAAAAAGGAAGUCGAAAUCUAUCGCUUGAUGACUGCCGGCACUAUUGAAGAAAAGAUUUACCACAGACAAAUCUUCAAGCAGUUCUUGACCAACAAAAUCUUGAGAGAUCCGAAGCAGCGACAGACGUUCCAAUUGAGAGAUCUACACGAUCUGUUUACUCUAGGCGAGGCAAGUGCAGAUGGUCAAACUGAAACAGGCAGUAUCUUCAAAGGUACGGAGGUCCAACUAUCUGGCCCUCAGGCGGAUAACUCGGACACCAAUGCUCAGAAACAAGAACAAGCCUCAGCAACCACUGCAGCCGAGAAAGCCGCAAGGGAAAAAGAAAUGCAAGACAUUGUUGGCAUUUCGCACACCGAAGACUUCCAAGGCGAAGAAGAGAAACCAGCAUCUGCAGAAGCCAACAACGACGGAGCCGAGAACGGAAACAGCACAAGAGACGAACGCAUGCUCGGUGCCAUCUUCGCCCGCUCAGGCGUCACCUCUGCCCUCUCUCACGACGACAUUAUAUCUGGCAACUCCGGCUCUUCGAGGAAAGUAACCGCGGACCCUGAGAUUAUUGCCAAAGAAGCAAAACGCGUCGCCGCCCUUGCAGCAGCCGAACUCAAGAAAGCAGGAGAGAUUGCGAGAAACCUUCCUGCUGGCAGUGUAAGUUGGACAGGCCAAUUUGGCACAGCAGGUCGUCCUGAAACUCCCUCUCGAAGGGGUGGACUUGCUGCGUCAAGAGGAAGAGGCGGUAUGAGUAGAGGAGGUCCGUCUAGUACUUCUAUUCUCAGUCAUCUUUCUGCACGUCAAGGAAUCACUCCUUCUCGUGUCUCUACUCCUUCCACCUCGACAUCGCGAGCAGGCACUCCUUCAGCUCAACCGCAACCCAAAGGCAGAGAGUUCCUUGCACUGAUCAGAGAUUAUCUCUUAGCGCAUGGAGGUAAAGUGUAUACCCAGAACUUGAUUGAUCAUUUCAAUCGGUUCUGUGGUACUGCGCAGAGGACGGCUGAGUUCAAGGAGAUGUUGAAGGUUAUUGCCGUGUUGGAGAAGGGGUCGAGGGGUAGAGGCAAGUGGGUGCUUAGGGAUGAGUAUAAGAAGGGUGUCGAGGGCUCAAACGGCAAAUAA